AUGUACAAAGUAACGCUUAUGUCUUCUGAUAAUGAAAAAUUUAUUGUUGUUUUAGAUAAAGUUGUUGCAGAAAGAUCUAUUUUAAUAAAAAACAUGCUUGAAGAUGUUGGUGAAUUGGAUAUGCCUAUUCCUUUGCCAAAUGUUACAUCAAGUGUUUUAAAAAAAGUACUUGAAUGGUGUGAACAUCACAAAGGAGAUCCCCCGUUCUCUGCAGAUGAUGAUUUAGAUCUGUCAGUUCAUCGUUCAAAAAAGUCUACAGAGAUAGAUGAAUGGGAUCAAAAGUUCAUGCAAGUUGACCAAGAAAUGUUAUUUGAGAUUAUUCUUGCAAGUAAUUAUCUUGACAUUAAACCAUUACUUGACGUUGGAUGCAAAACUGUUGCAAAUAUGAUUAAAAAUAAGACACCAGAGGAAAUUCGUAAAACAUUUAAUAUUAUUAAUGAUUUUACUCCAGAAGAAGAAGAAAUAAUACGAAAAGAGAAUGAGUGGGCAGAAGAUCGCUAA